AUGUCAAGCCUUCCUCGUGCGGGAUGGUGUGGUGGUCAUGGCGUGUGGGAACCUCCGGACCAAACACGAGGCCGACUAGGAUUCGGCCCUGUCCUCGCAGCCUUGAGCCCCUUGACCCCGGUCACAGCUUCCCCUCCUUUGCUACACACCAUCACCACUCGAGAUCACUUUUCCCGAGAAUUCCGGCGCCAGCUGCCACCUUACUGGCUCGCAGAAAUGCGACAGUCAUUUAAUGCCAAAACCUUUCGCUCCUUCUCGUCCAUCGAACGGUCCAGCUCCAGCCUUGAUACGAUGCGGGGUGGUACCAUCGAUGAGCGUGACCACUCUCUCUGUGGCUGA